CAGUCCGCGGGCCCGCGACGUGGCGCCGCAAACCUAACGCCCGCCGCCGGCGACAAUUCUCCGCCGCUUCCCCCUUCAUGUCCCCCAAGCCGCCAUCGCCGCCACAGAGAAUCGCGACGGUCGACCAAGCCGCGGGGAUUUGCUGCACCUGAUCUUACCAGUAAUACCAGGUGAUGCGGACCAGGAGGAGCCAGCGCGGGCGCGACGCCGACGCCGCCGAAACCCCGCCUCCCGGAGCGAGGAGUGGAGGAGGGGAUGCCGCGUCGGGCGGCACGCGCCGCCGGAGAGCUUCGUCGUCGGCCGUGAAAGGGAAAUCGCCCGCCAAGGUGGAAAUGGAAUCAGCAUUGGGGGACAAGGGUAAAAACGUUAAGGUCCACACAGAGGGUGAUGAUGAUGCAGGGAUGACGAGGUGCAGCUCUGAAAAGAACAGUUUAGAUAAAGAAGAUCCAGAGGCAAUUAGAGGAUGUGAUGCAGCUGAUAUGGACUGGGAAGAAGGGCAUAUUCUUGCAGAAGAACACAAAGAGAGUUAUGAACUUGGAGAGACAUUCACUGUUGAAUUCACUGAUGUACCCUCUUCCACUGAAAAAAAGACUGUUCGGAGACUUACUGCUGAAGAAAAGGAGUUGGCUGAACUCGUGCACAGGGUCCAUUUGCUUUGCCUACUGGCAAGGGGUAGGGUGAUUGACAAGGCUUGCAAUGAUCCUCUUAUUCAGGCAUCAAUCCUCUCUGUUUUACCACAACAUGUACUAUGGAAUUCUGUAGAAACUCCAAUUCUGAAAGCUAAUGAGUUGCGUAGUCUUGUGAGCUGGUUUCAUCGCACUUUCUGUGUAACUCCACACUCAGAUGACAGGGGAUCUUUUGAAUCAAAUUUGGCAUUUGCUCUUCAAAAUCAUGUAGGCACCGCUGAAGAGGUUUGUGCACUUUCAGUGGCACUGUUUAGGGCUCUCAACUUAACAGCUAGGUUUGUUACAAAUAUGGAUGUUGCUGGUCUCAAGCCUGAUACUAAAUCAAUGGAGACAUCAAAUCAGGAUGCACCUAGGCUUUGUACAAAGGCACUGCCAUCUAGUUCCUUUGUUGCAGGUCAUAAUGAGCAUAAUAAUCUUUCUCCUGUCGUAUCACAAUCACAAGAUAAUACUGAAGAUAGCAUCGAUACAACUCCAAAGAAACACAAAGUGCAAGGCUGCAAGAAAAGUUUAUCCAAAAAAUUGUCAAAGUGCAAGGCAGAUCAUGGAAUUAGCUGUGCAUCACAAUCAAAAGAUAGCUCAUCCAGCAGCCAAUAUCCUUCCACCAGUAAUGCUGAAGUACCAAAACGAAAAGGGGACUGGGAAUUUGAGUUGCAGCUGGAAAUGGCUCUUUUAGCCUCUGCAGCUGAAGUUCAAGACAAUGAGCUAGCUACUCACUUAAAUCUAUCAACUGAUAGCAUACUAAAUUCUACUCCACCAUUCAAGAAGUUAAACAAAAGUGCAGAAGCCCCAUGCAACUCAAGCACUGUUUGGUCAAGGAGUGGAGCGCCAUUGUUUUGGGCUGAGGUAUUUUGUGGUGGUCAGGCAUCUUCAGGAAAAUGGGUCCAUGUUGAUGUUGUAAAUGAUAUUAUUGAUGGUGAACAAAAGAUAGAAGCUGCUUCUGCUGUUUGCAGGAAGCCUUUGAGAUACGUUGUUGCCUUUGCUGGAAAUGGUGCUAAAGAUGUGACCAGAAGGUAUUGCUUGCAAUGGCACAGAAUUGUUCAGGGGAGAGUGAAUCCUGAGUGGUGGAAAAAUGUUUUGGCACCCCUAGAACGGCUUGAAUUGGCAGCAACAAACGACACUGAAGACAUGGAACUUCAGACCCGGGCCUUAACAGAGCCUCUUCCUACCAGUCAACAGGCUUACAAAGACCAUCACUUAUAUGCCCUUGAGAAAUGGCUUCACAAGAACCAAGUUCUUCACCCCAAAGGUCCAGUGCUUGGCUUCUGUAAAGGGCAUCCUGUUUACCCUAGAUCUUGCGUUCAGACACUGCAAUCAAGACAUGGAUGGUUGCGGGAGGGUCUGCAAGUCAGAGAAAACGAGUUGCCUGCAAAGAUUGUGACGCGGCCAAAGAGGACUUUCAAUUCUCAGUCACUUCAAUCUAAUAGUAAUGAAGAUGAGCUUAAGCCAACCUUGGAACUAUAUGGUAAAUGGCAGCUGGAACCUCUGCAACUUCCGCAUGCAGUAAAUGGUAUUGUGCCGAAAAAUGACCGCGGUCAAGUUGAUGUAUGGUCAGAGAAGUGCCUUCCUCCUGGCACUGUACACCUGAGGUUACCAAGACUAUUCCAGGUUGCAAAGAGACUUGGAAUCGAUUAUGCUCCAGCAAUGGUUGGAUUUGAUUAUCGAAGCGGCCGGUGCCAUCCUGUUUUUGAUGGAAUUGUUGUCUGUUCUGAAUUCAAAAAUAUUAUCUUAGAGGCAUAUGCAGAAGAAGAGGAACAGAGACAAGCUGAGGAGAGGAAACAGCAGGAAGCUCAGGCUCUUAUUAGGUGGUACCAGCUGCUCUGUUCUGUCGUAACCAGACAGCGGUUGAAGGACUCUUACAAAGCGCCUUCAUCAGAUCACGGUCCUUCUGGACCAUCGAAAGAUUCUAGCCAGCAGAAAAGCACCAACGACACUCGAAGCUCGGAAACCAAAACUCGUGCAAGCAGACUGCAGGAGGACCGACUGCUAGAUUCUCCUUUUCUUGCCCAUGAACAUGAACAUGAGUUUCCAGAGGAAGAUCAAAGCUUUGACGAAGAGACAUUUGUGAGGACAAAACGCUGCCCAUGUGGAUUUUCAAUCCAAGUCGAGGAAUUGUAGCAAUAUGAUAUCAGAAAUACAUUAGCUCAGGCGUAGCCUGUUUUUGGUCCCAGGUGGAUUCUCAAAACUAUGGUAGUUGUGAUGCUUCUGACUAGUGCAGGUUUUGAUGCAUUUUUGUGCAGAUGCAUGGGUAAGCCCAAAGUUCAGCUUUUGUCCUGAACUGAUGUGUUGAAACUGAUUGUAACAAAUGCACUGGGUACACUGUUAACGGUAUGUUAUAAGUUUCAACAUAGUGCCAUCAAGCUAAGAUUUUAUCACUCUAAUGUUGAGAUUGUGGG